AUGAUGAAAGCUGUUGAAGCUCUACCUUGUCUUUUGUUCCCAUCAGUGAAUGAUGCACAUAAUGUUGUCCUUGACACAAGCCCCAUUCAAUGCACCAAUUUCUAUUACUUUAACACAUCCACCACAACCACCUAUGAUGAUGAUGAAGAAUCGCCGCCAUCCGAAAAGGAUGAGCAAUCUGAUGGCUCUGGCAAUUCAAGUUUGUGUCGCCGCCCUCGUACAUCCUCUUCCAAUCUCUCUCGACAUUUAUUGCAACAAGACAAGACUCGGCGUAAAAAACUCAAGCGAAGCAGCACCACCGCAUCCAUUCUCAACUCUCUCAUUAGUGCUAGUAGUAGUAGUAGUGAUGAAGAAGGAGAGGAUGAAAACAAACAUCAACAUAGCAUUGGGCGCCAAAAAGAUACUCACAAUGAUAAAAACCGCCGCCCCCUUGUUACUCGAAAAACAACACACGACAUUGUGCAGUAUCGCCCUGUCAAAUUGACGCAACGUGAUGCCAACACCAUGUCUUGUUUAGAUACACGCAUGGCUGAGACUCUUCGACUCUUUUUACCACGUCGGCUGUCUGUGGCACAUGAAUGGCGUCUGUUGUAUAGCAUGGAUCAACAUGGCUCGAGCUUACAGACACUUUUUUACAAUGUCCAAAAACAUGUGGGCCCUUGUUUGCUCGUGAUCCAAACAACGGAUGAAGAGAUUUUUGGAGGCUACCUUUCCGAGACAUUACAUAUGGAGUCGCGGUACUAUGGCUCCGGCGAAUGUUUCCUUUGGAGAAUGGACAUGCAGUCGGGAAAUCCUCGGCCUCUUGUUUAUCGGUGGGCGGGUAAAAAUGAUUACCUGAUUUACUCUGAUCGCAAUUAUCUCUCAUUGGGAGGAGGGGAUGGCAAAGUGGGUCUUUGGCUUAAUGGUGAUUUGUUGCAUGGGCACACAGAGCCAUGUGCCACGUUUGAGAAUGAGCCGCUUGCCGAUCAUACAACUUUUGAGUGUUUGGCGCUUGAGAUCUGGGGAUUCAAGUUUUAA